AGCGAUUGCACAACAAAAUUCUGAAAUCUCAACAACCGCAAUAUGAGACAACAAACAUGGCUGCGCCCAUGAAGACUUCGAGUUUGAUCCUAUUGUAUAUAAAAACAGCAUCAUGUGAGCAAUAAUGAAGAAGAACACGAUUCAUUUGUUAAGUCAAAGAGAAUAUGGUGUAAAGUGUAGUUACAGACAUAAUUGCAAUAUUAUGAGAGAGCUGGUUUUGCAGCCAGAUGCUAAAUUUAAGAAGAUUUGGCAACGUAGAGCCAAGCAUCCCAUUCUGUGUGAGGGAGGGAAGCUGUACUUUGACCAGUAUCGGACUUGCUUCACCAACUAUGGAAUGAAUGGUGUUCCUAUGCAGCUGUAUAAACUGCCCCACUGUACCUCAGCACAGAAGAUAGAAGAGGGCAUCAUAUGUCAGUCCACUUUGGAGGAGCUGUGUCUUGAACACAAGGGCUACAAACCUGCCUUCCUGGCGCUGACUGCUGACAACUGGUUGGUAAGACAUGACCUGGAGACGGGAGACAAACUGCAGGAGGUUUUCCUGUCCAACAAGUACAAGUUUAGACACCUGUCCUGGGAGUCCGACCUUUAUACCAUUGUUCUGCGCUCAACACACAGCAAAUUAGCAAGUGUGGCCCGUCAGGCAGGGUUCACACACUCUCCCCUGAUGUCUCUGGCUGUGUUCACAGUCUUUCCUCUCAACAUUGUGGCUGUAAUGGAGGUCAGUAAGCAGGUGUUUGGUCAUGAUGUCACAGAUGCUAUGAUAUCUCAGGGACUUCUAGUUGUCAUGCACCAGGGUGGCGGAGUCAGAUUGUACAGCUUUGAAACCGUCCUGCUGGAGGGAAAACAAUUUAACCUCAGCCUUCAGAGCACACAUCCUGGUGGAAGAGGAAAGACAGGGUCUUACCCAGAUGGUAUACCAUGCAAUGUUAAUCUGAAAGAGGCACCCCCUGUGUUGUUCCACGUGCGAUGUUCGGAGCACAACCUACAGCUGGGUGGAAUACCCUGGCAUUACAUGCUCUGCCCCCAGGGACAGAGAGGCUUCUUCCACGUCUACUCCCUCGACAAACAGCACUUGGCUGAGGAGGGGGUCCUGGACAUGGAGAUCCUCUCUGUGGAACCUGACAAAGCUUUCUUCCAUCCUGAUGACUCAGGUAGAAUUGUCCAUGUAGGACCUAACCAGCUCAGGGUGUUAAAACUCACCCCAGGUCACAUGGCAGAGAGAUCCCGGGUCACACGAUGUUACACCAUCCAUUCCAAGGAUAAUAAGACUGACAACCAGGAUGAUUCAGUGACACUUACGUCCUCAGGGAGAGUGGUGAAGAAGAGAAUUAGUGAGGAUAUGUACUCUGACUGUAUAUUGGAGACAAUACAGUCAGUCAACUAUGAAAAUGACCUUGACCUACUUAUUGUGACCUCUGUCCAUCAAGAUGAUGAGGGUUUGAGUGGGCGUGUCUGUUUCCAUGACAACCAGACUGGCAAACUGCUGAAAGAAGUCCUGCUGGAAGAACCUUGGAAAGAGUUCUGUGAUCAUGUAAUUGAGGUAGACAUGGACACAAUAGUUCACACAGUGAAAGGUCCAAUGAGGCUGUUUGGUUGUUAUAUGUACAGACUGGUUAGAGACACUGCCGAGGAUGACGAUAACAAAGAUGAUACGAUAAAAACAAAACCAAAAAGAAAUGUUGGGGUAUCAAGGACUAGGCAAAGGACUAAUUUACGAACCAGCUCUAGGUAGCAAAUGAUGGAUUUGAAAUUGUUUUAGUAUGUUAGCCUCAUGGCAGAAACAUAUCAACUGUGAGAUUUGGUCUCAUUUCAUUUAAAAAGUGCAUUUUUCAGAGUUGCUAGCCUUACUGAACUAGUAUCUAUUUGAGUUGAUUGAAUUACCUUUGUCUAUCUGGUUUAUUAACUUCAGCCUAUUAACUUUCUAGUAUGGUGCUCUUGUUGUCUUAGGCUUCAUUCACAUGCAAUGUCUAUUUUCUAAAUUCUAUUUUCUA